AUGACGCGGCUUAAACUCCCAGUGCUAUUGCUACUGGUGGCGAUCGGAAGCGGUAUUGGUAUCAUCAACGCCAAGCCGUGCUCUCCAAAAGAGUUAGGCGUCUUUAAUGAUGUCUCUGUCGAAGUAAGCAAAUGCCUCCAAGAUAGUAAACUCAAUUUCCAGGUUCCGCCGCGCUCGAGCCUCACGAAGGCCCAGCAGUCUGCUCUGUGCCAGUCCAAGGCCUGUCAAGCGAUGAUCGGCUCCAUUGACGAUCUGGAUAUCCCGAAAUGCGAGGCCGCUUUCGACAAGAAGAACAUGACGCUGCAAGCGAGUCUGGACAAGUUCGUGUCGUCAUGUGACUUGACUACGCCGGCUCCGUCUCCGAUGAAGCGACGUAAAUCGUUUGAGUCUUCGUCGUCUGGCUCGGACUCGCUCUCGGACAAGAAACGUCGAUACACGAACGUGGCAACUCCAGUUCAGUUUGGAUUACCACAACAGGUAGUCGUACUCUUGGUAAUUGGCAUCCUGUCUCUGGGUCUUUCGCUCCCCUGA